AUGAAGGUUCAAGAGCCAGGAGCAAGGUUUCGUUUGGAGAAGCUUGGAAUCACAAAGGAUAAGGUGGAGACAUCAGAAGUUGGCGAGCGAGGCCUUGAACGUCCAGAGGAAUACUGGGUUGAAUUGUCAACAUAUGAGGCUGAUCCCUCCAACCCUGCAGUAGAGCCUAGCGACUACAUCUAUGAACUGGUCGAUGGCGUCAUGAAGCCUGGUGCUACAAUUGGGAAUGCUGGUGGCAGGAAGCGCAAGGCGGAGAAGGUGAUUGAGAUCGGCAUCGGCGGAGGUGAUGCUGUUGAUGGCAGUGAGUUUAGUGACCUGAACCCGGCUGACAAGGAAAUUGUUACCAACUAUGCUGACAAACUCAAGAAGCUGCGUGAUGUGAAUCCUCCUUUGUCUGAGCCACAGUUCAAGAGCAACAUCCAAGAGUUGCUGAAUGAAUGCCACACUUUCUUGAAUGAUCUCAAGACAAAAAAACGCUCGGCACAAAGACGAAGCAAUGCUGAAGAUCCAUUGGUGCACGCAUUGGAGUCUCUGGAAGAGCAAACGAACGAGCAUGUCAAGAUCUUGAAAUGUGUGCAGGGCUCAGCACAGGUUGACACAACGACAUCACUGAUAGCGAUGAUCGAUGACGCAGCAGACCAACAUGGCUCGCAAUUCAAUCACGUGGUGAUCCGCAAAGCGCUGAAGCAUUUGGUGAAUCAAGAUGUGCAACUAGCUGAUUGGGACAGACUCACUACUUCCACAAAGAACACAAUUGACUCGCGCUUUCAAGUUGGCCCAGACAAUGUGACUGGUGAUGCUUUCUACAAGAUCUUGAUGACUCAGACCUUCCAAAAGCUUAUCAAGCUGGUGCUACCUUGGCUGGACAAGGCGAUUGAUGCUGCCAGAGAUGUGGGCGCUAUUCCAGAGGCUGAUGUGAUAUCCAAGUGGGAUGUGACUCGAGAGCUAUCUGGCAUUGAAUCCUUCAAACCUGUGAUGGAGCUCAUCACCCUCAUUGGUCUGAUUGGCAAAGAUAUCACCUAUAUCAGAGGUGGUGCUGAGAACCGGUUGAUCAAGGUGUCAAUGAAGCCAUUUCGUAAGAUCGUUGGCAGUUUCUUGAAGUCAAUGAUGCCCCUCAUUGGCAUGACCGAUCAAGCGCAGCACGAUCCGCUCGACUUCACUGAAGCCAUCGACAAGUGUGAGCAAAUCAGUCUUCGCAGUGUUUGCUUGCCUUUGAUGGAUUCAGAUCGACAAUUGGGUGACUGCAUGUCGUUGAUUGCCAGCGUCACUGAUGUCAGUGAAUUGGCUGAACUGGUUUCAAAGGCAGAUGCGGCAUACCACAACCAAGUUUCUUUGCUGGCCAUAGUCACGGUGAUGAACAUUAUUUGCAGCAAGCGUUGGCAAAAGGCAGUGAAUGGUAAUUCAGAUCCUCCUGAGAAUCUCAAGGCUGAGACUGGAGAUGAUUUGCAACAUACAGAGACAGCUACUGAGGAAGAGCCCAAGCAGUUUGCCACACCAAAUGAAGCUGAGGAAGAGUGGGUCUUCGGUAGUUUCAAGUUGUCUGAGCCUUGGGAGGAUGUCCACUCGUUCAACAGCUGGUUGGCCAACAACAAUGGCUCCGAUCCACAAAGCACUGGCUUGUCUUCGGGAAAGCUGAAUUUCAAGUUUGAAGUGUCAGAUGUGAUUGGUAGUGCUUCCAAGGUCAUGUUGCAGAAGGCUUUGAACAAGGAUGGGUCGCAAUUGGCAGCGAAAAUCCGUGCAUUGCCUCGCGACUUCACUGUAGGGGAUGGCUUCCAUGUCAGAGCCUAUCGAUUGAUUAGCUCUGACUUUGCACUUCCUCAGCGUAGAGUGCGCUUAUACAUUGUUGGCUUCAGCAAGGAUGAAUUCUUUCUGCCAGAUGACCAUGUUUCUGUCCAAGAUGAGUUGGAGAAACGUCUUAGUCACCGAGCACGUAUUGAAUCAAAGGACAAGGACACGACUGAGAAAAAGAAGUCCAAAAAACACGCAGGUACUCCUCCAGGUGGUGCAAAUGCUGCGCUUGAUUCCAACGUCGUCAUCAAGGAGAAAGAGAGCACAAAGUGGCAAACAACUCAUCAAGAUUUGGCCAAAACACGUGUCUAG